GCGGCGGGCGCGGGGGCCGGACCGGCGGGGGUUGAGGGGCCGCACCUGGACCCGCCCGUUCCUCGAGUGUCACCCGGGCGUGUCCCCCCCGUCCCUCGGAGUGUCCCCAGCGGCCAUGGAGCCUGGAGAGGAGCUGGAGGCUAUAACGGAUGUGGUGGCCACUCUGGGCGAGCUGGUGGCCAUCAUCACCCCACCAUGCAGGAGCACGUGGCCACUCCUGUACCCAAGGUCCCUAUGCGCAGACCUGAGGAGAUUCACCUGCCGCCUCCACGAGGCCCUGAAGCGCCACAGUGUCACCUUCCUGCGCCAGCGCAGUGUCACCCCCCUGGGCCAGGCUGUGGCUGCCCUUAGGGCCACCCCAGGGGCCACCUGGGCCGAUGUGAGAGCUGCAGUCAAAGGCUGGCGGAAGUCGGUGUACGAGCUUGAGGACAGCUGGUACUGGCUGGUUGAGGAUGCCGCCAAUCUCCUCGAUUACUGGAAGAACAAGGUCACCACCGAGGCUACUACCAAGGCCACUGCCACUGCCCAGGCCGGGGACCUGCAGGAUGAGUCCACCAGCUGGGAGACAGCUGGUGACAACCCGGUGGCCGCAGCCCAACAGCCACCAGUGCCCCCGGACAAGGAUAAGCUGGACUUGAUGCUGGAUGCACACUUUGCCAGGGUGGAUGCAGCCAAGAAGGCCAUGGAAGAGGCCAUGGUGGCCACCAGCCAGGCAGGGACAGCCACCAGGAGGGGACAGCAGGUGGAGGUGGCCGUGGGACUGCUGGGGCGCUUGGUGGUUGAGUGUGACAGAGCCGACCAGCUCUCCUGGGAGCUGCACGACCAGCUCGAUGACAUGGAGGCUGCCUUGGAGGGGAAAAAGGAAGUGCCCACUGAUGUCCCUGAGGCCUUGGUGGUUGCAGUGGAUAAGUUCCAGCAGCUGUGGGAGGCCAGCAGCCGCCAGAACAAGCGUCACCUGCUAAGGAGGCUUGAGGUCAUCUACCACCUCCUCUUGAGUCCCUAUGGCAGCUCUGGUGGCCCCGGUGGCCACUCAGUGGCCAAGAGGUGCCAAGAAGCCAUCGAGGACACUUGGACGCCGAGCAAAAAACAGCGCCCAGUGCCAUCGUGUAGCAGAACAAAUAAUGGCAGCUCAAUCACAGGAACACCUCAACAACCUGAAGGUACCUGGGGAAAACCCAAGCCAGGUGCAGCUGGUGAAACCGCUGGCGAUCUCCCAAGUGACCCAAACUUAUUACCCCCAGGGGCACGAUGUGAACUGGCAACUUCCAAAUCGAUAACUUUUUUAAAAAAAUAUUGCUAUGAAUGCAUUCCCACAGGAGUUACGGGAACUUCGCAGCAACGGCAAGACUUUCUAAUUAUAGGCAAGGAGAGUAAUGAAAGUCUUGGACUUUCAGUGCUUCCAGCUGUCAUUUCAGCAAAUUGUAAUGAAGAGCUGAGGGUUUUAGCUUUCACUCACAAGGCUCCAAUGGUAAUUCAACCAAAAAUGCCAAUAGCUAUUGCUAUUGUAUUGCCAAUGAACACAAAUAAGCGAGCUGGAUACCAAGAAAUGCCUUUUGAGAGCUUUAACUCUCAUGGCCGUUGGGUAAAACAUAUUGGCAACGCGCAGCCGAUGCUGACAUGCCGUCUGACAUGCAGUAAUGAAAGUCAGAAAUGCCCUGGUGUAACACCUGCCACACUGAUUACGGGCACACUGGACACGGGGGCAGACGUCACCGUGAUUUCUUAUGAGUCUUGGCCGAAAGAUUGGAAUUUGGUGCCACCCAUGCAUAGUCUCACAGGGAUUGGAGGAGGUGUAAUCUCUAUGCAGAGUGAAUUCAUGAUUACUGUCACAGGUCUUGAGGGAAAGACAGCAAAAACCCGUCCCUACGUGGUGAAGAGGCCCAUCACAUUAUGGGGGAGAGAUGUGUUGUCCCAGUGGGGAACAAAUAUGAAAGUGGAUUCUUAAUGGAAACCACAGCAAUGCCUUCCACUUUUUAUUAAGUUAUCAUUAUUAGGUUAUCAUGGAAAACCAAUCAGCCCGUUUGGAUGGAUCUGUGGCCUCUUGAACAGAAAAAAUUGAAUGUCCUCAUGAAAUUAGUGAGCGAGCAGCUAAAACAAGGCCCCAUCAAGCGCACAAAUGGUCCCUGGAAUUCCCCAGUUGUUGUCAUUCCCAAGAAGACUUCUCUGACUCCUGGAGAUUGCUUCAGCACUUGAGGAAGAUCAGUGAAAUGAUAGAGGAUGUGAGGCAUUUACAACCUGGGCUUCCUUCUCUUUCAGUGAUUCCGAGAGACUGGCCUCGUGUUGUCAUCGACUUAAAAGAUUGUUUUUUCAACAUUCCACUGCAUCCCGAGGAUGUUCCUCGAUUUGCCUUUUCGGUUCCAGCCAUCAAUAGAGGAGAACCACUGCAAAGGGACUGGUUCAGAACCACUGGACGGUUUUACGUCAAAGAGAUGAAAAAUUGUCCCACAAUUUGUCAAUAUUUUGUGGUGCCUGCUUUGUCUCCAGCCCGACAAAAACAUCCGCAGUCAAGGAUUUUACAUUACAAGGAUGACUUGCUCGUUGCAGAACCGACUCAAAAAGAAAUGGAACAGGCUCGAGACAGUGUCGUCACUGACGUUCAAAAAGCUGGAUUGGAAAUUUCUACCUCAGAAACACAAGAAAUCCUACCCUGGAAGUAUUUAGGAUGGGGGACGACAGAACAAACAAUCAAGCCACAGAAAAUGCAGCUUGGAACCAGUGUCAACACCCUGCAAGAUUUCCAGCAGCUUUUAGGAGAGAUCAGUGGGGUCGGAUCUGUUUUAGGAAUUGCAAGUUAUGAACUUCCCCUCUCAGUGCCCUGCAGGAGAGGCAGUAGAGCCGGGUUAUAAGUGACAACAUAAAUAACAUUAUAAAUGACAAUACAAUAUUGGCUUUCACAUUCAUGUAUCGGCUUUUGCCCUUUGUUAUUGAUCACAAUGAUUUUGAUACGUUGCAAUUUAUAAUUCCUUUCAGCUGCUUUUUGGUAUAACACAGUCUAUCAGUUUAUGGCUACGUGGUAUAGCUGACAUAAAGGUAGCGUAACAAAUCGAUUUUAUAUCAUAGGCUUCACUGAAAUAUUAAAAUAGAGACUGUGCAAUGCUAAAAUGCUUUUAUAUUACAACUAUUAUAACUAACUUUUAUAUUAAACUAUCUCUGUGAAUGGUGUUGUCGUAGUUUGAAAGACAGCUGUCUGCCAGGGAAAAGCCAGAGCCUCCCUUGGAAUGGAGAAUUCAAACCCCCUCCCUCCGAAUUAUUAUAUUUGGAAAAUUAAGGGGCUCUCAGGCAAAGGUGUGGGGAUAGAAAUAACAGCUCUUUACCGGUAUGUAUAACCAGGCAAACAAACAACAACAGCCACAGCCUUAAUAAUAAACAGAACCAGGAACCCAGGAACAGCUUCCCUGAGCGCGGCACUUUCCCCUUUGGUGCAGUUCCGGGCACAGCCAGCAGGGGCGGUGGCGGCUCCUGGUGGGUGGGGCAGGUGCGAUGAUCCCCCCGCGGCUGCAGGGGGCGCUGUGGGGCGGGCUCGGGGAGCACGUGGUGAUGGCGGCUUUGUCCGAGACGGGAAGGGAUGGAAGGGAUGGAUGAGAAACUCUGGAGCUGUGGCUGAAGGGAUGGAAGGGAUGGAUGAGAAACUCUGGAGCUGUGGCUGAAGGGAUGGAAGGGAUGGAUGAGAAACUCCAGAGCUGUGGCUGAAGGGAUGGAAGGGAUGGAUGAGAAACUCUGGAGCUGUGGCUGAAGGGAUGGAAGGGAUGGAUCAGAAACUCUGGAGCUGUGGCUGAAGGGAUGGAAGGGAUGGAUGAGAAACUCUGGAGCUGUGGCUGAAGGGAUGGAAGGGAUGGAUGAGAAACUCCAGAGCUGUGGCUGAAGGGAUGGAAGGGAUGGAUGAGAAACUCCAGAGCUGUGGCUGAAGGGAUGGAAGGGAUGGAUGAGAAACUCCAGAGCUGUGGCUGAAGGGAUGGAAGGGAUGGAUGAGAAACUCCAGAGCUGUGGCUGAAGGGAUGGAAGGGAUGGAUCAGAAACUCUGGAGCUGUGGCUGAAGGGAUGGAAGGGAUGGAUCAGAAACUCCAGAGCUAUGGCUGAAGGGAUGGAAGGGAUGGAUCAGGAACUCCAGAGCUGUGGCUGAAGGGAUGGAAGGGAUGGAUCAGAAACUCCAGAGGUAUGGUUGAAGGGAUGGAAGACAGGGAAGGGAUGGAUCAGAAGCUCCAGUGCCCUGGCUGAAGACAGGAAGGAUCAGGAACUCCAGAGGUGUGGUUGAAGGGAUGGAAGGGAUGGAUCAAGAACUCCGGAGCUGUGGCUGAAGACAGGAAGGGAUGGAUCAGGAACUCUUUAGCGAGGCAGGGGAUAACCACGUCCCAGUUCAGUGGCUGCUCCUGGGAGCAGGGGCUCACCCCACACUGGAAGAAACAGGACCAGGCUGGACUUCUGCAGCAGCAGGGAGGUCUUUUCCCAAGCAGCAGCUCCACCUUCACUGUCUGAGGGCUCAGAUCUAUCGAUCUAUUGAGUGAGAGAGAAUUUCCCCUCCCUGCUGUCUCAAGCACCCAGCCAUCAGCGCUUCUUAGCAAUGCAAUGUGAAAAAUGCCACUGGUAACAAAUAAAGAAAAGGAAAAAGAAAAUAUUCAACCUCCAACACAAGGGAAAUAAUUUCUGCCGCAGUUUAUCAGCACUUGUUGCAAGACACUGAAAACAGGGUCAGCUUGAAGAGAAAAACAAACCAAAGCAACAAAAGCACAUGGAGGGAGUGAAUUGCCAGGCUGCUGUUUUGGGAAGAUGUGGCCGGGUCAGGCUUUUUCAAAACAGGCUACAGACUCCAGAUGCCGGGAAAGAUUAACACAGGGCUGUGCAUGGGAUGAGACCUGAAGCACUCAUCUGUCCAAAGAGUUGACAAUGCUGGGGCUCUUCUUGUCCUUCAGGACCAGGAUCUCAUUCACAGCUCGUUCCCUGUUCUGCUCUCUGAGACUCAUUUCCUUCGUGGCCACCUGAAGGGACAUUGCAGACCUUUAACUGGAGGAGUCUGUGGCAGGAGGCCACAGCAAACACGGAGCGAGUCUUUUUGGGGCGACAGAGCCGGGCUGUGCCAAACUGCCUUGGGAUGGGACACCAGAGCUCAGCAAGUGCCAUUCCCACAGCCCAUUCCUCUGCUCGCUGGGGGCUGCUUACAGGACACAUGGCCAGAGACAUUGGGCCUUGUGAGCUCUGCAGAAAUGGUCCCUCAGCUGUCAGCCUCAAAGCUCUAACAGCAUGCUCUGCACCUGCACUCUUCUCAAAUGGCCUCAACACUCUUCUU